AUGGCAGUUCGUAAGUGCGGAUCCGUCCUUCGCACAGCGCACGCCUUCCGGAAAUGCAUCUGCUGCAAUGAUUGAGGAGAUGUGCAUCAGGACCGUGAGCUGACCUCCUCUGGCAACUCUCGUUCCGCACAGGUUGCCGUUUCGAAAACUCUUCCGACGUAAGCCGACCCCACCGCGAGGCGCCACGCUCCGUCAGCCCCUGACGAUCUGAUGAGCCACCGCCACCCCGCUAACGCUCUUACCCCCCGCAUCCGCACAGAUUGGCGUCUUUGCAUCCUUGACCAACUCUUACUGCCUCUCGUCCGUAUCGGUCGGAUCGACCAACUUUUACUCCACCUUCGAGGCCGAACUCGCGGAUGUGAUCCCUGUGAUCCAGACCAGCAUCGGAGGCACACGUAUCAUUGGGAGAUUGGUAGCAGGUACGCCUCACAAAUAACAUUUUUCUGAAUCCCUUGAUUGCCAAGACUGACAGCAAGCAUAAACACAUAGGUAACCGACACGGUCUGCUCGUCCCUUCGACCACGACCGAUCAAGAACUGCAACAUCUGCGCAACUGCCUUCCCGAAUCCGUCGCGCUGCAACGCAUCGAGGAACGGCUCUCGGCGCUGGGCAACAUCAUUGCUUGCAACGACUACGUCGCGCUCGUGCACCCCGACAUUGACCGAGAAACCGAAGAGAUCAUCGCCGACGUGCUCAAGGUCGAGGUCUUCCGUCAAACGAUCGCCGACAACGUGCUUGUUGGGAGUUAUUGCCGCAUUUCGAACCAGGGGGCAUUGGUGCACCCCAAGACCUCGAUCCAGGACCAGGACGAGUUGAGUUCGUUGUUGCAGGUCCCUUUGGUCGCAGGGACCGUGAACCGAGGUUCGGACGUCAUUGGCGCAGGGAUGAUUGUCAACGGUCAGUUUUCGCUCUUUUUGCGCGCGCUUCUCUAUCUUCCGAUACAAUCGAACCGAGGUUCUGACUCUCCUGAACGCACAGAUUGGUCCGCUUUCACCGGUCUCGAAACGACCGCUACGGAAAUCUCGGUACUCGAAGCCGCGUUCAAGCUCGGCGGACAGGACACGAGUAAAAUCGCCGGGAUGAGGGAUACGCUCGUCGAAGGCUUUGCAUGA